GUUCGCCCUUUCAUUAUUGCUACGCGAACGGAAUCAGUCAUUAUGGCCUCAGCUUCAGGCAAAAAAGGUAAAAAAACGAAGAAGAACAACAAGCUGUCCUUGGGCGAGUUUUUGAGCGAUGGCAACGCUGGCGUUCUAAAUCAAGUGCAAGUGUCGGUCCCAGUGAAAUUAAACUAUGACUGGGGUGACGAUGGCGAUGAUGACGAUGAUGACCGUUCGGUACGAACUCAGGUCAUUGCUUUGCCAACGGCUCCACGUGCCACUCGCAUUAUGAACGAUGAUUCGGUCCCGCAACAUCCGCCCUACUCGAUCUACGUGUCGAACCUACCAUAUGAUAUCAACGAUGAUGAUCUGUAUGAAUUUUUUCCCGGCAUGGAGAUCAUUUCUAUGUCAUUGCCGCGAGACGAUGGCGAUUCGCGCCGCCUUCGCGGUUUCGGCAACAUCGAGUUUGCAUCGCGCAAUGAUCUAAUUGACGUCUUAGCGAUGCCCGAGCCCAUCAUUCGUAACCGGCGUAUUCGCAUCGGGUUGUACAACGAGAACGACACAAAGCGACGCAACAAUCGCUACGACAACUUUGGCGGUGAUUCUGAUCGUGGGUCGGAUAAUUGGCGCGAACGUCCCGAAGGGACUUUUGCAUCACGCUCGGAUGCCAUGGCUGGAGUACGACGAUUCAAUAGCAACUUUAAUCGAGAGCGAGAGGAUCGCCCAGACACUCGUGGCAACUGGCGGUCGGCUGAUAGGCCGAUGACAGCACCAUUGUCGCCGCACGCUACUCGGCGCUAUGGAGAUCGCGAUCGAGACGCUGGUGGAUUUAUGCGACGCAACAUGGACCGUAUUCCGCGUCGCGAGGACGCUCCGAUGGAAAGACCGAAGCUGGUACUGCAACCGCGCACCCUUCCGCUUCCCGAACUGCCAAAACCGGCUCAGGAGCAAGAUUUGACAAAUGAUCGACGUACAACGCUUGAUGGCGAAGGUGGCGGUGGAGCCGAGGAAACAGUAGCUCCAAAGCCCAAACCUACCCCGGUACCGGCAGCGAAGGUUUUCGGCGACGCGAAACCAGUCGAUACGGCGGCUCGCGAACGCGAAAUCGAGGAGCGCUUGCGUGAAAAGGAGCGAUUGGAGCGUGAGGAACGGCAGAGAAAGCGGGCGGAGGCAUCGUCACUCGCAAGCGAAGAAGGACGCACUGAGCUGGACAAAGAGAAUGUGGGCGCCACGCAAAACAGCGGUAAGCUCAAGGGAGAAGGAGAGGCUCCAGCCCCGGAGGUGAUCAGCUGGCGAGUCCGGAACGACGACGAUAAAGAUGAUCGUAAAAUAGACAAUCACCGAGACCAGCGGGACAAUCGCCCGAUCUUACGAAACACUGGCGGACAAGACUAUCAGCGCAAAUCGAGUGACCGCGCUACAUCGGAGGAGGAAUUCGAUCGUGGUCGUUUCGACGAUGCAACGCUGGACAGUAGCGGUGUUGAUGAUGAAGAAUGCAAAAACAUUAAUAAAAAAGAUCGCCAAGACAUCAGCACUGAAAAGUCUUUCGAGGAAGAUGAGCAGCGAGACCCGGAGGUGUUGGAAGAACGUAUGUCUGAAUUCCAGGAGCCUUCCGGAUCGAAUUUAUCCGUAGCAAACACGUUCCCAGGGCUAUCAGCUGAUGACGAAAUUGAUGACUGAAACAAUACCAAAACCACCACCAACACUGCUCAGUUGAAUUUUCUACAAAAUUCGCUGUAUGUUAUAGAUUUUCAGAUUCGUGGUUUUGGAGAACCGAUACCGCAUCAUCCCUGUCUUUUUGUUCUGAAUUCCCGUCCUCCACCUUUGAACAGCCAAUACACUACGUUUUACAUACUUCAGGCUUUACUAUGAACGAAGCCAGGCAUUAAAACACAUGGGGGAAAAACAUAAACCACAUUUUAGGCCGCCGAUUCUCUCUCAAGUAAACAAUUCAAUAACAACAAUUACUUCUACCCUUUUAAGUCGUUCUGCAAUGGUAACUUUUCUGCUUUAUAAGAAAUGAAUAUGAUUAUAAUAAACGAGUCAUUUCCCCUUCGCUAAAGUACGGAGAGGGUUAAGACUGAUGGAGU